AUGGGCUUCGUGCAAGCGCUCCUGCUGCUCGGCGCCGCCCUCGUGGCCCGCGCCGCCACUAUCGACAUAAUUGAGCUCCCGAGCUCGGUCCUCUCGGUCUUCAGUGACGAGGCUCUGAUGUUCGACACGCAGCGCAUUGAAGAAGUGUUUGCGUUGCCCGACGACACGUACUCUGUGACGGCCGCACGCGUCGUCACCAACCAGCAGCUGCAGACAGUCUGCACCAAUUGCUCGGUUGACGAUGGCUUUCCCGCGCUCGCCGUCUGGACGCCAGCAUACGUCCUAUCGACGACCUCGACGUGGUUCGGUAUGCUACCAAGUCGCCCCACCGAUUUGCCCGUCGAGUUGACGGUGCAGAUGAUGACGACAUCUUCCAUCACCAAUGCCACCCAACUGUAUCAACGCAAUUUGACACUGGACAUUACCAUCGUCACUGAACCACCAGUGUUGGCGGUGGCCGUCUCCAACCGGUCGGUGGCAUACGCGACGCCUGCUGUGUUGAACGUGACGGCGACCGGCGUCAGCGCAUCCGAAUCACUGGCCGUGCGUAUGCGCGUAUGGAACUGCUCGGGCGUUGCCUCGGUCGUGGUUACGAGCGACAAGGAACCGGUCAUGAUCGACGCCGACACCGACACCGUGACGGACGUAUGUUUGUACGAGCUGUGGCCGGGACUGGGCGGUGUCAUGUCGGGCUCGAUGCAAGUGAACAUGACGGUUGCGGACGGCUUCUUUGGGUGGACGACCGUCGAAGUGACGGCAACGUCGACAACCCAUAGUGCAUCGUCGGCGACGGUGACGACAACGGUGUUGCAAUGGCUCCCCAACACGGCACCCAUGGAGAUCUUGCUCCCGACCACCCACCUUGAGAUAUUCGAGGACGAAGCGGUGUUCUUGGCUACUAGCGCCAUCACGAGUUCGAUCCAGCUCCCGGCCGACUACGCCUUGACGCUGCUCGAGGUCGUGACCAAUGGCGUGUGGAUCCAAGGCAUCUGUGGUCCGUGCGACAAGACGA